AUGUAUAUUCUUGGAGUGAAAGCCGAAGAUGUUAUAGUACAGUUUGUACCGUUACCCAAAACCUACAUAGCCACAGUGCAAACCUUUGAAUACUAUUUUAUACCCUGGAGAAAUCUGAUUUUUGAACGUUAUAAAUUUAAUAGUCGUGUUCAGCAACCAGAACCAGAAAAAACACAGGAGACUCCGAUAAAAAAUAAAAAAGAAAAAAAAAAUUCACGAAAAUAUAAAAGAAAGAAGAAAGACAGCAGUAGUAGUAACGAAGAGAUCGACGAGAUAGAUCUUUUGGAAAGUGAGUCAGAUUAUGAAGUUUUAGGAAAAAGUAAAUCUCCUUCGCCUUUUCCUGAAGUGCAAAAUGUCGAGGAUACGUUGGAAUUAGGAAAUAUGGGCGAUUAUGAAAUUGGCGAAUCCUCAACCCAUCACCAACAACAACCAAAUGGAACAUCCGAAACAACUGCGGACAUUGCUGCUAAGCAAGAAAAUUUUAUGGUUAAUGAUUUUGUGAUAACGAAGUUUAAAACCAACAAACGAGAUCGAUUUUACAUAUCAAAAGUGGAAGAACUUUUAGAAUCCUCUGUAAUUAUUAGCUCCCUUAGAAUGAAAGAGGUCACUAAAGAGCAAAUUGUGCAAAAAGUAAAGUUGAGGGAUAUUCAGAGAGGAAGAGAUUUCUUUACUCUACCUGAGGGUUUUGAUCUAGAAUAA